GUUGUAGUCCCGCGCCGCCGAGCGCAGGUCCACAGCGAUUACGUGGCUUGAGAGCCGGGGAGGUGCAGGCGGGACCAGCAGGCGCGGCACGAUGGCGGCUCCCGGGUACAGGCCGAGCGUGCUGUGGCUGGCGGUGCUGGUAGCCGGGUUGGUGUCCCCCGGCUGGGCGCUUUACUUCCACUUGGGCGAGACCGAGCGCAAGUGCUUCAUCGAGGAGAUCCCGGACGAGACCAUGGUUAUCGGGAAUUACCGGACGCAGCUCUUCGAUAAGCAACGGGAGGAGUACCUUCCGGCGACUCCCGGCCUGGGCAUGUUUGUGGAAGUGAAGGACCCUGAUGAAAAGGUGGUGUUGUCCCGGCAGUAUGGCUCAGAAGGGAGAUUCACCUUUACUUCACACACACCAGGGGAACAUCAGAUCUGCCUGCAUUCAAAUUCCACAAAGUUUUCUCUUUUUGCAGGAGGCAUGCUGAGAGUCCACCUUGACAUCCAGGUUGGGGAGCACGCCAAUGACUAUGCAGAGAUUGCCGCCAAGGACAAGCUGAGUGAGCUGCAGCUGCGUGUGCGUCAGCUCCUGGAGCAAAUUGAGCAGAUCCAGAAAGAGCAGAACUACCAACGGUGGCGAGAGGAGCGCUUCCGUCAAACCAGUGAAAGCACAAAUCAGCGAGUUCUCUGGUGGUCCAUUGUCCAGACUCUCAUUCUUGUAGCCAUUGGAGUUUGGCAGAUGAGGCAUCUCAAAAGUUUCUUUGAAGCCAAGAAGCUGGUCUAAAAAAGUGGAUGUGGGGUGACAUCAACAAAAGGCCUACAUUUCCCACAGGAGCAGUUCCCAGUGCUUCAUGUGCCCGCACUGGUCCCUCUUCUUCCCUCAGUCAUCCUUUCCACCUGACUGGUUACUGGCCAGGCUUCAUGUCAUCUGCCUCUUUCUGCCUCUGCCCUUCCUCCUCACCAGUCAGCAUUCCAACCUGCUGUGAUUCCAGUGCAGUGUGUUGGCCUUCCAAAGCAUUGAGCUCUCUCCAGACAACAGAGACACUUCCACUCCUGUUGCCUCUCAUGUUUUUUAGCAUGGGGAAGGUACCUUUUUGGCCAGCCUUUUUCUGCCUAAGAGGGUUCCUCAUCAAAAUUAAGACUCUUCUUUUGGAAGGGCAUGCAGGACUCUUUAUCCACCAUUACAAAUGUCAAAGCUAAAAACGAAUGACUUAGUGCCACCAAUCUGUUACUCAGGAGGAAAACACUGAAUGAAAAGAUCUGGAAGCUCUUCAAAAUCUCCGUUCCCGCACAUUCAUAAUGUGAAUGGGAUGCAGAAUAAUUUUGGGAUUAACAUUUUACGGGAUUGGUGGAGAAAUACUUGGAACUAUUUCUGAAUUACAUGUGUGUUUCUUGUGGGUUCCUGUGAUAACUUCUGGGCUACUAAUCAGGGAUAGCUAAGUAUUAAAAUUUACUUGACUUUCUUUGUCUUCCUUCUCCUAUAGCUUGUUAGAUUUAAAUUUGCUUUCUCUGUAUAUAUGCAGAUGCUGUUCCUAUGGCAGAUCAGACCCUUCAUUUUCUAACUAAUGUGAGCUUACGAACAUUUGGAAGCUUGGUUCUGCAGCACUGCUGCUCUUUAUAGCAGGAACAUGUAAUGACACAUUUUGUUUCUGGCGGCUUCACCAACCUAAUCCUUACUAGGAAGUAAAUGCCAAUGAUUUCAAUAGAACUCCAUUCCAAGUACUGUUGUUCAGCUUUGCAGCCCAAGUCUCCUUGUGGUUUGCUUUGCUAAUACAUUUUAAGCCUCCAUAAAUAAUAAUAUAAUUAUCUUUCCAAAAUUAUGGAAUAAUCCCCUCUUUUCCUUUCCCCCAUCAAAAUUUGGGGUUGCAGUUUGUGGGAGGGGAAGAGAGCCAAAAGAUUGGCUUAGUUCAUAUGUAACAAUCUCAAGCCAAUAAAUCAUGUCCUAUUGCCCAAAGUCUGUGUACUUAACUCCUUGUGCACCUAGCUUCAAGACUUCUACAUGGCUUUUUAGGUUUCAGUUCCUAAGAGGCAGUCCUUGUCAACUGCAGUGCUUAAGUCAUGGGAAAGUGUGUGGUUUUGCAAAACAUGAUAUAAACAUCCAGCCUGGGUCUGCAAGGAGAGAGUGUGGCUUGAUUUGUUGCCUCUGAACCUAGUUACUGUAUGUGUAGAGUUCAAGUGAAGUUCUGUCACUGAUCAUCAUUCUUGCUUUUUGUAAACAUUUGUUCUAAAUAAGGUUGUGAAGAAACAGCUAUGCUGGGCUGGCCUGUCAUAAUGUCUGUUGGAUUUGGAGCUGUUGCUGACACAUUGAAGACUGGGUUUUUCAUUGUGCUUGCCCUGUCAUCAUACCACCUGUCCAUGCCUUCUUUUUUCUUCUUUUUUCAUUUGUUUAUUUUUUCCAUGAAAAUUGAGUCGAAGACUUAGGUGGAUAGUGCAUUAUUUGCCCAGCAACAACUUCAUAAUUACUAUGUAAAUUGCAUCUCUGUAUAAGCAGGUACAAAUGUCCUUUUCCUAAAUGUAAAUACAAAACUUGCUUGGGCAGAAUGCAGAACUGUCUACUGAAAAUAAGGGGCAUAACCUCCUGGGAACAACUGCAAGUUCUGUGACUCAACUUGUACCAGAUGGUCAAUUUCUAACAUGACUUUUAUGGAUCUUUUGCUUGCUGUUGACAUGAAUGUCUUGUAUAGCUGAUUAACAAAAAGGGUGGCAUGAGUGGUACUGCUUCUGAGAUUCUUAGCAAAAUCCUGUUGCUCAGGAUGUUGAGUCAGACAAAUCCACUUUGAACUGUGUUUCUUAAGAAGUCUGGCAUUGUUAAAAGCUUUAAGCUUGAAUUUGUUUGACUUUAGAAUUUGCUAAAUAUUGAGAUGAAGUCAGAGCAUUCUUUGAGGGCAUUAAAUGGGAAUUUUUCAUAGGGAUGCAUGAGUCUAAGAACCAUCUUAAACAGUUGAGUACACUGGAAAGCUCUUUCUAGAAUGGUGAAGGAGGGGAGCUUUUUAGACUUGUAGAGAAAGAUUCCCAUACUAGAUGGGUGGGGAUUUUGAUGUGUUUUCAGUUUCCCUUACACAUUUGGGAUGACUUAGAUUAGUGUCACCAACCACACCAAUGUUCCCUAGCCUGAUAUUUAAAAGUUUUGGACUUCAGCUUCCAUCAGCCCAGCCCAGGAUGACGGAGCUAAUAGUCAUAAAUGCUGGCAGUUGUAGCCCAAAACAUCUGAAAGGCACCCAGUUGGCAAAGAAUAAUUACACUAUCCAGUUGAUAAGUUCUGAUAUCCCAACCACCAUUCCUUUACUCCUCAAGUUGUUUUUUUUUGCUGCUGUGGCCAGCUUUUGACAAAAACUUAAUGACAUUUUAAAUACUCAACAGUAUUUAAACUUCAGGCUUUAAGUGGGAAAUUAAACAGCUUCAAGGAUAAUGACAUAGUUUUAAUGAAUGAAACUUGCUUAUUUUAUGUUUUGAGGCUAUUUUAGUUCUGGUUGCUCUGUAUUACAGAAUGAGGGAGAAAUUAUUAAAGAUGGUAUUUACUUCUAA